CAGUUCAUUUAAACACAUUAUAACAUAGUUAUCUGCAAGUCUCAGUUCAUUUAAACAUGAUUUAGUGUCAACACCGUUUUUAUUAUAUUUUUUUUUGAAAGAAGAAGUGCGUCUCAAUGGCAGUUUUCAAAAAGGCUCACUAAUGUCAUCUCUUACACAUAGUUUGCUCGUGCUGUGACUGCUUCCGUGUCCAGUUAGUGCGAAAAAUAUAAUUCCCAAUAACUACGCUACAUGAUUUUUUUUUAAAAUAACGCAACUGCGUUCGGUGCGUAAUUUUCUUUUCAGAAAAUGAAAUCGUCUCAAUUUAAGUAUGGUGUAAAAAAUAUUCGGUUUAAAAUCGGUUGGGACAUGAGAAUAUUAAUAUAGUUCAUCGGUGUGAAUUAAAAAGUGUGCAGUGACGUAUCAUGGGGGAAAGGGUGUAGCAAAUAUUGGGAUUCUUUUAAAUGUGCGUUUCUUGAGUUCAUGUUUUGUCAAGUAACUUUAGUACAUGGGAAGGUCACGCAUUGCUGUCACCAAUGUUUGGCGAGUUAUAACUAGUUUAUUAUAUUUUCUUUUAAAUCUUUAACAAGGGUUGUUUAGCUUUAUCAGUCAAGGUUUUAGAUUUUUUUGUAAAUAUGUAUAUAUUUUUUUUUUUAAAUUGUGUUUUUCCUCAACUGUGUCCGUUCUUUUUACACUGAUUUCAUUUCGAUGCCAUUUCCCUGUGGCAGGAACAAAAUAAACAUGGGAAUUCUAAUAGUGGCCUUGGCCCUUCUGGCGGUUGCAAGUGAGUAGUAAUUGUUCAUAAUUUCCUGCUUAAAUCAUAUUUAAUGUAAGUAUGCGGUAAUAAUAGGAAAUAUUUUAAAAUAAAAUAAGAGAAGACAGGGUGAGAUUAGAAGACAGGGUGAGAUUAGAAGACAGGGUGAGAUUAGAAGACAGGGUGAGAUUAGAAGACAGGGUGAGAUUAGAAGACAGGGUGAGAUUAGAAGACAGGGUGAGAUUAGAAGACAGGGUGAGAUUAGAAGACAGGGUGAGAUUAGAAGACAGGGUGAGAUUAGAAGACAGGGUGAGAUUAGAAGACAGGGUGAGAUUAGAAGACAGGGUGAGAUUAGAAGACAGGGUGAGAUUAGAAGACAGGGUGAGAUUAGAAGACAGGGUGAGAUUAGAAGACAGGGUGAGAUUAGGUCAGAUUAUUUCAUUCAACCAAAUCUACGGGGAAACACUUUUGGACAACAUAAAUUUUUUUAAAUUGAAUUUGUAGUCGCCUCUUUUUAGUUAUUAACUUAGUCAUUGACUGGACACAGUAGACAAAUGGGUCCAUAACUACCAAAACAAAAUGGUGGCCAGCUGCGUAUCGUUUUAUUUUCACUGUUGUGAAAUACUUGAGGUAGCCAGGUAGAAAGAAGCUCUACUAAUGAAAUUAAGGUGGCCAGGUAGUAAGAAGCUCUAUUGAUGAAAUUAAAGGUGGCCAGGUAGUGAGAAGCUCUACUGAUGAAAUUAAGGUCGCCAGGUAGUAAGAAGCGCCACUAAUGAAAUUAAGGUGGCCAGGUAGUAAGAAGCUCUACUAAUGAAAUUAAGGUCGCCAGGUAGUAAGAAGCUCUACUAAUGAACUUAAGGUGGCCAGGUAGUAAGAAGCUCUACUGAUGAAAUUAAGGUGGCCAGGUAGUAAGAAACUCUACUGAUGAAAUUAAGGUGGCCAGGUAGUAAGAAGCUCUACUGAUGAAAUUAAGGUGGCCUGGUAGUAAGAGUCUAACGAAAUUCCGUAUGGACUUUGUGUGUGUGUGUGUGUGUUUUCUUAAGCGAUUUGUUAUUCACUCACAGCCAUUAUCGGCAUCAAGGCAAAGCACGUUUGUUAACAGUGUGUUGCUAGGGAACACCGAAAAUGUGCUGUUGAGAAAAUGUGCAGCCGGCAGUCCCUUUAGCACUGCACACUGCUUGGUCACGUGGAUGUUCUCCUAUUGGCUGUUCUUCGGCUUAUAUAGUACGCGGCAGUCCCCCCUUCCCCCUCCCCCCUCCCCUUGAUGUUACAUUUAUAUUGGUGAAACACAAUUAGAGUUUUCUAAAUUGUUACAAACAUGUUUAGUCAUUUUCAGAACAACACACACGCACAUACACACACGUGCACACACUAACACACACAUACACACACGCACAUACACACACACACGCACAUACACACACGUGCACACACUAACACACACAUACACACACGCACAUACACACAUACACGCACACACACGCACAUACACACACGCGCACACACUAACACACACACACACACGCACAUACACACACGCACGCACACACACGCACAUACACACACACGCAAACUCUCCUGAUUAACAUUUUAUAAAAUUAUUCUCCAAGUGUUAAGUGGCCUAAAAACGUGUAAUAAAACCAUUUGACCAAGUUCCCCUCUUUGUCAUGUCAUAAUUAAUAAAAUCAUCGCAUCAAUAUAUAUAUUUUUUCUGGUAACAGGGGCGGAAGUAGUGAUUACCGUAACACCGGAAGUUGUGAACCCUGGGUUGACGCCGUCGUUCGCUGUUAACUGCGCCUUGGUUGAAAUGGAAGAAGUCAAAAUCGUGACACUAACCAUUUCAAGGUCAGUCCCAAAUGUGAUGGGUUCCUCUUAUGUUCCUGUUGUGAUGCUGUUGUGUUCCUGUUGUAUUCCUGCUGUGUCCCUACAGUGGUCCCGUGUCUUGAUGUUGGGAGCUGUGAACACAGCACCUGUAUCUUAUAAUAGGCUGCAAGUUCCUUUAAUAAACUGGGGGCACAGCAGAGUUUGACAUUAUGUUUCUUUUAAAUAUAAACUCAUUGUGCGGUGAGAGCGCUUUAGGAUAUUACCCCGAGAAAACCAUUCAGCAGACUUCCCUCUCUCUCUCUCCCCCCCUCUCUCUCUCCAUGUGUAAAUCUUUUGAUCCAUGCAUGGAACCUGUGAAGCCUUGAUCCAGCCCUUACACCACCAACCACUAGCAAAGUUGAGCAGCAACUAACAUUGAACAACAAAGAAUGUACUCUUUCGUAAGAUGUCAACGUACUUUGAGUUAAACAAUCUAAAAUAUUUCAAGUUAAACUGUUCAACAUUUGUGAAUACACUGUGUGACGUCAUGACACUCGAGAUCAUGGGCAUUAAAGCCUUUCAGUUUUAAAGAAAGAACAUUUUUAUGACGUCAAAUGCUCAUCACACAUGUUUUAAAAUUAUUAUUUGUAUGCAAUACACAUUACAACCAAUGCUCUGUCACAAUACACAUUACAACGAAUGCCCUGUCACAAUACACAUUACAACCAAUGCCCUGUCACAAUACACAUUACAACGAAUGCCCUGUCACAACACACAUAACAACCAAUGCUCUGUCACAACACACAUUACAACCAAUGCUCUGUCACAAUACACAUUACAACCAAUGCCCUGUUACAAUACACAUUACAACCAAUGCCCUGUUACAAUACACAUUACAACCAAUGCCCUGUCACAAUACACAUUACAACCAAUGCCCAGUCACAAUACACAUUACAACCCAUGCCCUGUCACAAUACACAUUACAACCAAUGCUCUGUCACAAUACACAUUACAAUCAAUGCCCUGUUACAAGACACAUUGCAACCAAUGUUCACAAUGCACAUUACAACCAAUGCCCUGUUACAAUACACAUUACAACCAAUGACCUGUUACAAUACACAUUACAACCAAUGCUCUGUCACAAUACACAUUACACCCACAACCAACGCCCUGUUACAAUACACAUUACAACCAAUGUUCUGUCACAAUACACAUUACAACCCAUGCCCUGUCACAAUACACAUUAUAACCAAUGCCCUGUCACAAUACACAUUACAAUCAAUGCCCUGUUACAAGACACAUUGCAACCAAUGUUCACAAUACACAUUACAACCAAUGCCCUGUUACAAUACACAUUACAACCAAUGCCCUGUUACAAUACCCAUUACAACCAAUGCCCUGUUACAAUACACAUUAAAACCAAUGCCCUGUCACAAUACACAUUACAACCAAUGCCCUGUUACAAUACACAUUACAACCAAUGCCCUGUUACAAUACACAUUACAACCAAUGACCUGUUACAAUACACAUUACAACCAAUGCCCUGUCACAAUACACAUUACAACCAAUGCUCUGUCACAAAGCACAUUACAACCAAUGCUCUGUUACAAGACACAUUACAACCAAUGCCCUGUUACAAUACACAGUACAACUAAUGCCCUGUUACAAUACACAUUACAACCGAUGCCCUGUUACAAUACACAUUACAACCAAUGUUCACAAUACACAUUACAACCAAUGCCCUGUUACAAUACACAUUACAACCAAUGCCCUGUUAUAAUACACAUUACAACCAAUGCCCUGUUACAAUACACAUUAAAACCAAUGCCCUGUCACAAUACACAUUACAACCAAUGCCCUGUUACAAUACACAUUACAACCAAUGCCCUGUUACAAUACACAUUACAACCAAUGCCCUGUUACAAUACACAUUACAACCAAUGCCCAGUCACAAUACACAUUACAACCAAUGCCCUGUUACAAUACAUAUUACAACCAAUGCCCUGUUACAAUACACAUUACAACCAAUGUUCACAAUACACAUUACAACCAAUGCCCUGUUACAAUACACAUUACAACCAAUGCCCUUUUACAAUACACAUUACAACCAAUGCCCUGUUACAAUACAUAAAUACAACCAAUGCCCUGUUACAAUACACAUUACAACCAAUGCCCUGUUACAAUACACAUUACAACCAAUGCCUUGUUACAAUACACAUUACAACCAAUGUUCACAAUACACAUUACAACCAAUGCCCUGUUACAAUACACAGUACAACUAAUGCCCUGUUACAAUACACAUUACAACCAAUGCCCUGUUACAAUACACAUUACAACCAAUGUUCACAAUACACAUUACAACCAAUGCCCUGUUACAAUAAACAUUACAACCAAUGCCCUGUUAUAAUACACAUUACAACCAAUGCCCUGUUACAAUACACAUUACAACCAAUGCCCUGUUACAAUACACAUUACAACCAAUGUCCUGUUACAAUACACAUUACAACCAAUGCCCUGUUACAAUACACAUUACAACCAAUGCCCAGUCACAAUACACAUUACAACCAAUGCCCUGUUACAAUACACAUUACAACCAAUGCCCUGUUACAAUACACAUUACAACCAAUGUUCACAAUACACAUUACAACCAAUGCCCUGUUACAAUACACAGUACAACCAAUGCCCUGUUAUAAUACACAUUACAACCAAUGCCCUGUUACAAUACACAGUACAACUAAUGCCCUGUUACAAUACACAUUACAACCAAUGCCCUGUUACAAUACACAUUACAACCAAUGCCCUGUUACAAUACACAUUACAACCAAUGCCUUGUUACAAUACACAUUACAACCAUUGCCCUGUUACAAUACACAUUACAACCAAUGCUCUGUCACAAUACACAUUACAACCAAUGCUCUGCCACACACACACAAUGUGUCUAUAUUUGUAGACAAUAAAUCUACAUAGUUUCAGAAUAAGUUAUGAUUUAAACCGUGGGUCCUCAAACAUUAUAUGAUCAGGGGACUGAUUCACUGUCUUGCCUAACUGACUGCCUACAGAUUGUCUUGCUAACUGACUGUAGAUUAACUGACCACUUCAUUGACUAACGUCAACGAUGCUAUACAGACAGACUGUAGAUUAACUGACCACUUCAUUGACUAACGUCAACGAUGCUAUACAGACAGACUGUAGAUUAACGCCGUCCCAACUUUUGAUGAGAUACAGACAGCGAUCCGCCAAAUGUCCAAUGGCAAAGUACCUGGCCCCCACAUGAUUCCUGCCGAAAUCUAAAAGGAGGGUGGACCAGCGCUGACGGAUAAGCUAUUGGGCUUAUUCCAAAUCAUCUGGCAGACGGAAACUGUACCACAAGACCUCAAGGAUGCCUCAAUCAUCCACCUGUACAAACACAAAGGUAACCACCAGACAUGCGACAAUCACCGCGGAAUUUCACUACUGUCCAUUGCAGGCAAGAUCUUGGCCCGAGCCCUUCUGAACCGCCUGAAUGCACAUCUGGAGCUAGGUCUCCUACCCGAAAGUCAAUGCGGUUUCUGGAAAAAACGCGGAACCAUCGAUAUGGUGUUUGCUGCUAGACAGCUUCAAGAGAAAUGCCAGGAACAAAAUACAGACCCAUAUUUAUCGACUUGAAUAAGGCCUUUGACAGGGUCAAUAGAGCUGGCUUGUGGAAAAUCAUGAAGAAAUACGGAUGCCCAGACAAGUUCACAAACAUCAUCCGUAAGCUGCAUGAUGGUAGGUUGGCCCGAGUACAGGACAACGGUCAAUCAUCUCCAGCAUUCCCCGUCACAAACGGUGUAAAACAGGGUUGUGUUCUUGCUCCCACACUCUUCAGUAUUAUGUAUUCCGUAUGUCUCGACAUCAGGUGGCAAGACAAAGUCCCCGACAACGAGGUCCUCGCUAGAGCGAACCUACCUAGUAUCUUCACCACUCUGAUGCAGUCUCAGCUCCGUUGGAUGGGACACGUAGCCCGUAUGGCAGACCACCGGCUCCCGAAACAAAUAUUCUUUGGAGAACUCACGAUAGGCAAGCGCUCCCAAGGAGGCCAAAGAAAGCGUUACAAAGACUCACUGAAAGUGGCACUAAAGGCCUUCAGCAUAAACCCUACUCAGUGGAUGCAGACAGCCCAGGACAGAGCCAGACGGAGAGCUGCUGUCAAGAAGGGGGCUAAAUCCCAUGAAGCUAAGAGAAUAACCACAGCUGAGACACGCAGGCUUGUCCGAAAGAGCAACAUUAGGUCAUCGCCUGAAGCAACGAUUCCAUGCCCACGGUGUCAUAGAUUAUUCCGAGCAAGGAUCGGUCUAACAAGCCACCUAAGAGCUCACCGUAAUCCCACCCCCCCCCUGCCCGCCCCUAACCGGAUGAUUCGAUGGUCCUUGUCGACUUCGACGGACGAACAACAUAGAUUAACUGACCACUUCAUUGACUAACGUCAACGAUGCUAUACUGACAGACUGUAGAUUAACUGACCACUUCAUUGACUAACGUCAACGAUACUUUACAGACAGACUGUAGAUUAACUGACCACUUCAUUGACUAACGUCAACGAUGCUAUACUGACAGACUGUAGAUUAACUGACCACUUCAUUGACUAACGUCAACGAUGCUAUACAGACAGACUGUAGAUUAGCUAACCACUUCAUUGACUAACGUCAACGAUGCUAUACAGACAGACUGUAGAUUAGCUAACCACUUCAUUGACUAACGUCAACGAUACUUUACAGACAGACUGUAGAUUAACUGACCACUUCAUUGACUAACGUCAACGAUAUUUUACAGACAGACUGUAGAUUAACUGACCACUUCAUUGCCUAACGUCAACGAUGCUAUACAGACAGACUGUAGAUUAGCUAACCACUUCAUUGACUAACGUCAACGAUGCUAUACAGACAGACUGUAGAUUAGCUAACCACUUCAUUGACUAACGUCAACGAUGCUAUACAGACAGACGUUUGGAAAAGAUGGCAUGCUGACGCUAAAGAAAGAAGUCAUCGCCAAGAUAGACGCCAUGACACCACAAGCUCCUCUCCCAUCUCUGAAAUACCCAAGUGUAACAGUCCUAGGGGCGCUAACCAGUAUAGAGGUAAUGACGCUAGUCUCAUAGCAUGAGUUAUAUUUCUUUCAUUCAGCCCCAUUGCGCGGACGCGUAGGUGAAGAAAAAAAAUUGUCCUUCACUCAUUUCGAAUAAAAUAAUUUCUGAAAAAUGUAUAAUUAAAUUUAUAAUCAGAUGUAUGUUCAAUAAUAUUUUCAUAUGUGUGAUGGCGAAGCCAUCGUUUUACGUCAAGGGCUACUAACCGGUUUGGCAUAAACUCGUCAGAUCAGAACUAUAUGACGCUACUUGUUUUAAAUUUUAAAUUGUUUGACCUAAUGAUAAAGAAUGCUUCAAGUAUUAUUGAUAACAGCUAAUCUUUCUAUGUUUUUAAAUGUGCAUACCUUUAGUCCGAACUGGGCAGCUACCUGACCGCUGUCUGGCCCAACCCUCGUCUUGAAGACCUGGGGCUGUACACCUGUGACGCCACCGUGGUGGGUGAAUUCGGGGUACUUGAGCCCCUGACCGCUGCCCUCCAGAUAACAAGUGCAAGUAAGUAUUCUCGAUAUUGGCCCUUAGGCUGCACGCCAUUGGUGAGAUCUUGGAUAUAUAACGGCUCAGUCUAAGUCGUUAUAGAAAAAAUGGACAUAUUCUCACAUGAGAGAGGUAUAGUGGACAUUUCUCGGCAGCCCAUACAACAAGUGAAUACAAAUCCACCACUCCUGGCUUCGUCAUAGAACUCUUAAAAAGAUUUGACAUCCCCCCUCCCUCAAAGACAGGCGAGAAAAAGCUCCGUUUAACAUUGCUAUAUAAAGUGGUCGAGUGGCUAGGGCUGGCCAUCUCAGCUAACACGUAUCUCACCCCACAGAAGCCAGGUCGCUUAAUCAGAGCCUAACGCUCAAUAAACACUGACUUCACCUCUGACAACUCCAUGAGCAUUCACACCCGGAACAAUGAUAAUUGCUCCACUGUGCCUCGGUGUAGUACAGUUCAAUAUAAACAAUCAUUCUUCCCACGGACAAUAAUUGCUUGGAACGAACUGGACAAUGCCGCCGUGGACUCGACAUCAAUCGAGAGUUUCAAGGCUGCCCUGGCACCCUCUAGGAGCCGUUAGGAUACCUACAUCGCUUCCGAAACAAUUGCACAUGUGCCAGUACAUGGAUGCAGCAACGUACCCUAUCAGAAUCAGAACAACAUAUCGGGGGGAAGAAAGGAAAAUGCGAUUCGUGUGCAAAAAACGGCACGCUCAUAAAAAAAUAAAUAAAUUCUACUUUGAAUAUUUAUACGUCUGAGAAAUAAAUAAAGAAAUAUAUUUUUUUAAACAUGUCCUGUGCAUUGAUUAAUUUGGGUAAGAAGAGUAACUUUGGUGGCGUCUCUGUUGUUGUUUUGUUGUUGUUUUUUUAUCAUUGAGGACUUUUACUUUACAGACCCCGUAGUGGACAGAGUGCUUGUCGCUCUCGUAGCUUUGGAAGCCAAGCUGGACGGCUUCAACCAGACUCUGGUGUCUUUCCAAACACAGCUGGACAACGUAACAGCCGAAGGUGGGUGCCUAGAAGCGCGAUCCACAUGUUCGGCAUUGGGGGGGGGGGGGGGUCCCCUAAUUUCUUUNAGUAUUGGAAUCUUUCCUGACGAAAGAUUCAGCAAUUGUGUCCCACAAAGUAUAUUUGCUCUGUCGACAUUAACAGUGAAGGGUCUACCACAUUUUUGGGUGAUGGUUUCUUACAAUAAAGAUUUAAUUUUAAGCUGUGUGACUGUAAUGAGUUGAGCCAACUAGGGGGGGGGGGAAGGAAAUUUUUUUUACAAUUGCCGACAAGGAUUCGUAACGGCCGGCAUUUCCAGACUAAUGAACAACUGCAGACUUACUCCCCAGGACCUCGGGGGAUUUAUCAUAGGAGCCAAAACAUUGAAUAAUGUAUUCAAAAUAUUUAAACAGAAAUAUUUGUAACUGUAUGACGCCACCCAGGCCAAUCCUUGUUGGCAAUAUGUUGUCACUGAUCUUCUUAAACACCUUGUCACUUUACAGCUCAACUCCGAGAAGCAGCCCUUUCAGAGCAGUUGGCUACUACAGCAGCACCAACAACUACUACAACAACUGCAGCACCAACUACCGUAACAGAUGAGACAACGACCAGCGCCGGAACUACCCCGGCUGAGACGACCACAACUGCCGCCCCUACAGGUACCAAAGAAGGAAAUAAAUUGUUAGCCUAGGUCAGAGGUCAUCAAUGUCUACGGGUGGCCCCGCAUGUGGUUCUCAUCAUGCGAACCAUGCCUGUGACAUAAUACAAUAAUUCUUAGCAAUUCUUCCAUACAGCCCAUAAACAAGACAUAUAAUGGGGUUAGACCAGUCAUGAUUUUAAAAUUUGAGGAGAAGAGAUCAAGUAAUUUGGUUUCACUUUAGCAUCAUUGGUCCCAUGUCAAGUAAGCAUGAAUUUAAUGACGAUACCAUGAAUUAAUGUCGACAGCAUCAAUUGAAAGGAUAGAAAUGGUUCAGAUUGAAUUUAUACAGAGUUUCUCUAUCUAUUUAUCGCUGGGUCUGAUUCAAUGGGCCCUAACUUAACUUACUGGAAUCGCUUGGUCUGAUUUAAUGGGCCCUAACUUAACUUACUGGAAUCGCUUGGUCUGAUAUAAUGGGCCCUAACUUAACUUACUGGAAUCGCUUGGUCUGAUUUAAUGGGCCCUAACUUAACUUACUGGAAUCGCUUGGUCUGAUUCAAUGGGCCCUAACUUAACUUACUGGAAUCGAGUUAAGAUACAACGACAAUAUUUUGGAAACAACCAGAAUUGAACAAAAAAAAGCAUGCGUCAUUCACGGGCAAGUUACUCUGAACGUCCCCGUACUAGUUAGGAGGUGCUCUUUUUUAUUCUAAAUACCCCCCCCCCCCUUUUUUUUUUUUUCCCUUUUCUUUUAAAAACACCCUCAGUUCAAACUGAAUAUUUUAAAAACAAAUCUAAAUAUUUUUUUACCACAGCGUCCAUCAUUGAUCAGCUGAUACUAGCCCUUGAGAUCAUCACCGUACGACUAGACACUGUUAACACCACAGUUACCGCUCUUGAAGAUAAGGUAACAGCUUUCGAGGCGGUCAACGUGACAGUGUCCUCCCUUGAAGAGAAAGUAACCGCAUUGGAAGCCGUCAACGACACGGUUGUGGUCCUUGAGGAGAAGCUCGUCGCGUUUGAGGCGGUCAACGCCUCGGUGGUCGUCAUCGAAGAGAGGCUGGUCGCCUUGGAGGCGGUCAACGCCUCGGUGACCGCUCUUGAAGAAAAGGUCACCACGUUUGAGUCCAUCAACGCCUCGGUGGUCGUCAUCGAAGAGAAGCUGGUCGCCUUGGAGACGGUCAACGCCUCGGUGACCGCUCUUGAAGAAAAGGUCACCGCGCUAGAGUCCAUCAACGCCUCGGUGGAGGUCCUUGAAGAGAAAGUGGCCGCGCUCGAAUCACCAG